AAAUUUCUCUGCAUUUCAUUUCCAUUUCAAUUUCGAGGCAUUACUCUCUCUCUCUGUUUCUCUUUCUGCAACAAAGGAAAGUUUCCUUUCAUUUUCUUACUCUCAGCUCCUCUCUAUCUGCAACAAGUUCCUCUCUUUCUUUCUUUCUUUCUUUCUUCCUUCCUUCCUUCCUCUCUUCUUGGUUUUAUCGAUGGAGAUAGAAGCUGCAAGCGUCGUUUUGCUUCUUAGACUUUCAUCUGCUACACUGCAGCCUGCAUCGCCUUUUGAUGUUUUAGCUCUAGAUCAAGUAUGAGUUGAAGCUUAUUAUCUGGAUCUGUUGUUUUCUAAGUUAUUAAGCUGAUCCUAGCUUCAAAUUCGACAAUCGCUAAUUGAAGCAUGUGUGGUGGUCCAGAUCGAUCAUCAAAGUUAUCUGCUCCAUCUUCAUCUACUGUAGAAAAACAGACCCAACGCCAAAGAUAUGAAUCAUUUAACUGUUGAAAUUGGAGACUCUUUUUCCUGUUUACUUGACCUUGCGGCUAACAAUGAUGUUGAAGGCUUUAAGCUGUUGAUAGAGCGUGAUGCUUCCUCAAUUGAUGAGGUUGGGUACUGGUAUGGCCGGCAAAAGGGAUCAAAGAAUAUUGUUCUUGACCAUAGAACACCACUAAUGGUUGCUGCUACAUAUGGCAGUGUUGAUGUUCUUAAGUUUAUACUCGCACAUACAGAUGCUGAUGUUAAUCUCUCAUGUGGGAUGGACAAAGCCACUGCACUUCACUGUGCUGCUUCUGGUGGACCUCUUAAUGCUGUUGAUGUUGUUAAACUGCUUUUAUCUGCAGGUGCAGAUCCGAAUUGCCUAGAUGGUAACGGCUAUCGCCCCAUUGAUGUUAUUAUUGUUCCGCCAAAGCUGCAUAGCCUGAGAGUUGCUCUGGAAGAGCUUCUCUCAAACACUGUUUCUAAUGGUUCAUUAGGUGAGCAUAAUUCUAAUGGGUUUGUUGGUGAGAAUUCUUCUAAUGUCUCUGUUGGUGACUGCUCGCAUCUGCUGAUGUCAUUAAGAACCUCUAAUACUAGCUCACCAACCCUUUCAUCAUCCCCAGAAAAUGGCUCACCAUCUUCUCCUUCUGUGUUGGUAUCUUCUCCAAUGGCCUCAAAGUACAAUGAUCUGCCAAUAAGUACUGCUGAGAAGAAAGAAUAUCCAAUUGAUCCAUCGCUCCCUGACAUCAAGAACAGCAUCUAUGCAACAGAUGAGUUUCGCAUGUACUCCUUCAAGGUGCGCCCAUGUUCUCGGGCAUACUCACAUGACUGGACGGAGUGCCCAUUUGUUCACCCAGGAGAGAAUGCACGGAGAAGAGACCCACGGAAGUUUCAUUACAGUUGUGUGCCCUGCCCUGAUUUUCGUAAAGGGGCUUGCAGGCGUGGUGAUAUGUGUGAGUAUGCUCAUGGGGUUUUUGAGUGCUGGUUACACCCAGCUCAAUACAGAACACGGCUCUGCAAAGACGGCAUUAGUUGCAACAGACGGGUCUGCUUUUUUGCCCAUACACCUGAAGAGCUAAGGCCCUUGUAUGUUUCUACAGGAUCUGCUGUCCCUUCACCCCGCACAUCUGCAUCUGCAGCUAGUGUCAUGGACAUGGCUGCCGCGUUGAGCCUUUUGCCUGGUUCCCCAUCAUCAGUCUCUGCAAUGUCUCCUAACCCAUUUAACCAACCAAUGUCUCCUACAGCAACUAGCAUUUCUCACUCAUCUGUUGCAUGGCCACAGCCAAAUGUACCAACAUUACAUCUACCGGGCAGCAAUCUUCAAUCAAGUCGCUUGAGAUCAUCCCUUAGUGCCCGAGAUAUUCCACCUGAGGAUCUUAAUUUGUUGCCUGAUUUUGAUGCCCGGCAACAGAUUUUAAAUGAUUUGACAUGUUUUUCACAGUCACGUAACAAUUCUGCAUCUUUUAAUCGAUCUGGUUGGUCCAAAGUGCUAACUCCAUCAAACCUUGAAGAGCUUUUUUCUGCUGAAAUCUCAUCUCCAAGAUAUGCUGAUCAAGCUGCUGCAGUUUUCUCCCCCACACAUAAAUCAGCUGUUCGCAAUCAGUUCCAGCAGCAGCAGAGCAUGUUAUCACCCAUCAAUACAACUGUUUUCUCCCCAAUGAAUGUUGAGCACCCUCUACUGCAGGCUUCAUUUGGUGUUGGAUCUCCUGGAAGGAUGUCACCAAGAAGUGUAGAGCCUAUCUCUCCAAUGGGCUCUCAUCUCUCUGCUUUUGCCCAGCGGGAGAAGCAGCAUCAACAACUACGGAGUCUUAGCUCAAGGGAACUUGGAUCAAACAAUCCUGCAGCCUCCAUUGUUGGUUCUCCAGCGAAUUCUUGGACCAAGUGGGGUUCCCCAAAUGGGAAAUUAGAUUGGUCUGUUAAUGGAGGAGAUGAACAGGGUCGCCUGCGAAGAUCAUCAUCAUUUGAGCUUGGAAACAAUGGUGAGGAGCCUGACCUCUCAUGGGUCCAGUCUCUGGUGAAGGAAUCUCCUCCUGAGAUGCUUAAGGAGAAGUAUGGUGUACCUGUUUCUGGUGCAGCCUCAUCUGGUGAGGGACUGAAUCCUAAUUCUCAAAUUGAUUCUGUUUUGGAAUCUUGGCUUGAGCAGAUGCAGCUUGAUCAGCAGCAAGAGCUUGUAGUCUAGUGAAAAUGAUUCAUUUUUACUCAUUGAGAUAGGUUAAAGAAUUUUAUCGAAGGUACAUAUUCUUUUUGUGGGUUUUUGACUGAUCGGAAAGUGAAGUUGGGAAGGUAAUGGUAAAGUAUGCAAAAGAGAGGCGGAAGGUAAAGAAUUGGCUUUAAAAGUUUCACGGAAAUUAUUCAAUUUUUUACCAUUUAUUGUUUAAAGCAAAGAUUGGGAGGAUGAAGCCUCUCUGGGCUGUGCUAAUGAAACCCAGUCCAGGCUAGGUCUCUUUCUUCCAAUAUUUCUGUUUCUAGGAUCAAUUUUUUACUUUUAUUUCCUUUUCCAAAGCGAAGGUUUAGCUACAGAAACAUUUUGCAAUGAAACCAUGAGUUGUAUCUUUUGAUAGUCUUUUUCUUCAACAUUUCCAUUUUCUGGAUCUGUUUACAGCUGAUGGAUAAGAGGGGUGAGGAGGGUAAUUCUUUUAAGAGCUUUAAUGGGUGAUGUAUUCCAAUGAGAAUAUAGGGGGGAGCAGAUAGUGAGAAGCCAUUAUGUUUCCUUUGAUGAUGUAAAAACUGAAUUAAAGUUAUUAAAUUCUAUACCUUUGAUUUUUCUGGUUUCCUAGAA